AUGCCUCACACCUCCAGAGAGCUCCACGCUAAGCUCGCCGUCGAUGAGCAAUCUGGCCAUGACCUCUUCGCUUUUGAACCAGCAGUGAGUCAGAGAUUCCUUGGUUUCAUUGGAAAGCUUCCUCAGGAGCUCUUACUACAGGUCUUGGAACUUCUUGACCUACAGUCCCUUUUCCGCCUUUCACAAACGUCCAUCGGGGCCAGACACUUGGUCUUGGACUUUCAACCAUGCCAAGAGAUUCUUGAGCAUACUCCAACCCUCCCGCAAACCCUUGCGGAAGCCCGACUUCUUUCCAGAUACUCUGCACAUCAAAUAUUCCGCCAGGUUAUUUGUUCCGACAGGUGCUCGUCCUGUGGCCUCGUUGGCGAAUACAUUUUCCUCCUCACGUGCGAGCGCGCAUGCCUCUCCUGCGUCUUCGACACGACCAGCUUCCAGGUCAUUGAGAAAUCUCUCGCAGAGUCCAUUUUCCAGUUAAACAGCGAGAGAAUCGCUGCAGCCCCCGCCUAUUACUGCGCGCAGCGGAAGCUGAGCUUUGUCCGCACGGAUGAGAUGAAGGAAAUCGCCGCAAUGGCAAAUGCCCCCACUACACUCUUUGCAGCCAUGGGACUGGACAUGUUGUUUAUUGCCUACUGUUCACAGAGGAUCAGUCUCACGAUCGUUUUUAUCCCCUCUCCGUCAGAGGCAUGGCCGGAAGGCGGCCGACAGUGCGGCGGCUGCGUGAAGGACAGCCAUCUUACUCUGAUAUCCCCUUUCGAUCCGAGGAGUCCACAGCUCGAGUCAUGGGAAGAGAUUGUAGACAAGCCGAUGAGGCGCUACUCCCGGGCUGAGUUUUGGGACCAUAUAGAGCACUGUCGUCAUGCUUGUUGA